AUGGUGAAAGAAGGUGCGAGAGAGAAUACGAUCAAGUGCGAUAAGAAGAAACAACAAUUGACAAUGAAGAUGGCCAACAUUAAGAAGAAGAGCAUGGAGCUCUCCUCCCUCUACGACAUCGACAAGUCUUUGAAAAUAUUCUCGAAUCAAAUUGUAGAAAAAAUAGAGUUGAUUGCCAACCAAUUAUCAUCCAAGAAUCAAUCUUUGCCCUUAUUGAACUCGGAAGAGGAGAUGACGACCCUUCACUCCAUGACAGGUCCGGUGCAGUCAAACUUUUUUGAAGAUGAUUUUGAUAUUGAACGUAUGUUGUCCGAAUUUAAGGCGUUGGAAGAUGAAAAAAUCAACACCCUUGAUCAAUCCUUCUUCAACACGGAUGAGGAGAUGAUGGCCCUUGAUGCCAUUGCAAGAUCCAUGUUGGAAAAAUACACUGAAGAUGACUUUGAUAUGAAACAUAUAUGGUCGGAAGGUGGAACACUAGAGGAGGAGGAGAUCAUGGCCAUUGAUAAAUCAUUUCCCUUCUUGUUCAACUCGGAGGAGGAAAUCACGACCCUUGAUUCUAUGUCGUUUGAAGGAUCUUCCAACGGUACCUCUAUCUCUUUUACUACUAGGCAUGAGCCUCUCAGAAAUUUGAAAAUUCUGAGAUCAUUGGUCAAGGGCUUACAUGAAAUGGAAAGAGUUGAAGAAUUAGAGAAUGAUAAUAAUAAUAAUGAAGGGAGCAAUUCAAAUGAGAAUGGCGUAAUACCUAUGAGGAGGAGAACUAGAUCAUAUCAAAGAAAUACUCCUUUUCAACUUAAAGAACUUGAUAAUUUGUUUAGAAUAAAUCAACAUCCUAAUGAACAACAAAGAAGCGAGCUGGGUACAAGAAUAUCACUGAAUAGUAGACAAAUCCAAAUUUGGUUUCAAAACAAACGGUCUCAUUUGAAGGCACGUUUAGAACGUCAUGAAAAUAAUCUUUUCAAACAAAAUAAGACAAAUAUUCAACUUGAAAACCUUAAGUUGAAAGAGUUGUUAAAAACUUCUCUUUGCACCAAGUGCAACAGAUCAAGGAAUCCAUCUGAUCACAACUCUGUGGAGGAACACCGUCUGAGACACGAGAUCCACCGUCUGACCGAGGAAUUAAGCAAGAUGACAGGGCUAGCACAAAGAUGCCUUGGAAGGCCAAUAAUGUCUUUUGACCUAUCAAACUCAGCUCCCAUUGGACAAGUACCAGCUCCUCUUCCUCCUGUUAUGCCAACAAUUUCCUUAGCAGGAGACGUGAGCCAAAACCAGUUAGAAAAUUCACCAUUUCUCAAGCUCGCUGAAAAAGCAAUGGAGGAAUUGGCUAAACUAGUUAGCAUAAACAGUCCUCUAUGGACACAGACCGGAUGCGAAGAAGGAGGAGGAGGUGUCGUCGUGGAAACUCUAAACCUAGAAGAGUACAUCAAAUCGUUCCCUCCUUGUUUAGAAACAAAGCCCGACAAAAAUUCUACUCGAUAUGCCACUAGGGCAUCCGGCAUUGUUGCGGCCAAAAGCUCGUCCAUCCUUAAUUCCUUAAUGGAUGAAGCAGGCAACAGAAUCUUACAAGUGAUGGACGCUGAGCUACAAGCGCUAUCUCCUAUUGUUCCUGUUUGGAAAGUGAAGUUUAUUCGAUUCUGCAGACAGAUUGCAGAGGGAGUGUGGGGAAUGGUGGACGUGUCGAUUGAACUUUCCCAUGAAACUAGCUCAAUUGUUAAUUGUAGGAGGUUCCCUUCUGGAUGUGUUUUGCAAGAAAUGCCCAAUAAUUUUUCUAGGGUCACCUGGGUGGAGCAUUUGGAUUACGAAGAGAACGAGGUUAUUCAUCCGUUAGGAGUCAUGAGUUGUAGUCCGUCUUUUGGUGCUCAAAGGUGGCUUGCCUCACUUCAAAGACAAUGCCUAUGCUUGGCAAUAAUCUCGUCUCCUCCAGCCUCCACUCAAGAUCAAACUAGUGGGAUGGUUAGUCAUUCCACUAAGAGAAGCAUGGUUAGUAUGGCUCAUAGAAUGGUGCGUAGCUUUGGUUUCGGUUUAUGCUCGACUGUGCACCAAUGGAAGCUAGUCCAAGCUGGGGAAACCAGGCUGACUAUACGCAAUAACAAUAACAUCGAUAAUCCAGGUGAGCCAACUGGGGUGGUGCUGUGUGCCACAAAUUCGGUCUGGAUGCCUCUUUCCCAUCGAUGUCUGUUUGAUUUCCUAAGCAAUAAACAUAGAAGGGGAGAUUGGGAGGAGGUACAAUACACCAUGCCAAUACAAGAGUUGGCUCGAAUCAACAAGAGCAAUGACGACGAACUCAACCGCGUCUCUUUUCUUCGCACGACGGUUUUAAUUGAUAGAAAUAAUCAAAAGGUUGUGCCUAUAGUGCAAGAGACACAAUCAGACGAGUCGGGAUCCAUGUUGGUGUAUGGGAUGGUGAACUUACCGGUGAUGCAGGUGGUGAUGAGCGGCCAGGAUUCAAGCUCGGUGGAGAUACUUCCGAAUGGAUUUUCCAUCAUCCCAAAUAUCAGAAGAAGAGGAUGCGAGGAGGAUUCAUGUACGAUGACAGUUGCGUUCCAAAUACUGACGAAGAAUAGUCCGGGGAAUAUGAACCUCUCGAUGGAGUUGAUUCAAUACAUAAACAACUUGAUGUCUCAAAGGAUUCGGAGGAUCAAAUCUGCUCUUCAUUGUGGUUAG